AUGGAGAAAUCACGAUCCCUCUCUCACAGCAUUCCUCAUGUUCUCGAUGAAGCCCGCCACCCACUCGCAAAGGCUUGCGAUCAGUGUCAUCGUUGCAAAGUUGCCUGCGAUGGAGGGCGUCCAACAUGCCAACGAUGUGCAAUGAAUGAAAGUGCAUGCACUUACAGCACUGGCAAGCCCAUUGGAAAGCCCAAGGGAUCAAAGAAUCGAAACAAAUUGGAGGCCCAAAAACCUGGCUCGAAUCAAGCUGAUAGCACCCUUGUUAGGCAACCACCGACUAAUAGGAGUCCUCUAAAACGGAGAACAGCUGCAGGGGCAAGCCCAGGAACGCAUCAGUUGGGUAAUCACAAACGACAACGAUCAAGCAUUUCCCAGCCGUCUUCUAUACAUCCAAAUAGCGAAGUGACCGACUUUGGAGGAGAGCAAGAGCUUUCAUCAGGAACUUUAAUUUCGUCAGCCCACCCAUUAGAGCAACUUGAGACCCAGGCCGGCCAUACCGUCCCCGUCUAUUCUGUGGCAACCCCUGAAUUCCUCAAGUUCCACCUAAGCUCAGUGAAUCAUGCCGGAGACGAGUUCAAUCUUACCUUCGAGAACGAUAUCGAGGAUUGGAACAAUACUAUGGUCGAUGAUAACCAGCAAAAGGCCGCUCCAAAUACAUAUUUGCCGACGGUAGACCAGUCUUCGUUCUCGCCUGAUGUUCUGACACUGGUUGGCAAAAUGCACGACUCUAACGAGAUGGCAAACACCAAAGCUCCAAUUGAAAUCCCACGAAAUGCGAAUCAGAGUGGCUGUGAGAGCAUGUGGACCAGCGAGUCGCUCGCAAUUAUACCGAAACUCCAACAGUACUCGACGGGCCGUAUCAACCUUUCUAUCGACGAGGUGCUGCGGCUGGCUCGGCACGGUACCUCGCUCGUCUCAGAUCAUUUCGAUGGCCCCCACCACGCAACAACGAAUCCAUUGCAGACGUGCUCGCAACCAUACUUGCUGACCUGCAUACUCAUUAUAAUGCAAGUUGCUGCCUGCUAUACAUUUCUACGUAGGUCACUGGAAGAUCCGGAGAAUCAAAACCACUUCCCGGUGUCAAUCGGUGGGUUGGAUAUAGAGGAGGAUGAAAUAAGGCGGCGUGUAGUCAAUACAAUAUUGGAUGGCGAGGUCCGUAAGACCGCAAUUCUAGGUACGAAACUGGGGACUUUAGCAGUCAAUACGCCCUCAUUGGAGCCACUCCUCUCUUUUGUUCGACAAGAGUUAGAUAGAGCAUUGGAGUAG